GCUUGGCUACUGAGAUGUGCGUUUGUCAUUGGGCGCAUACGAAUGUUAAGGUGAUGCAUUUAAUAGAUUAUAGUUAUUCAUAUGACAUUAUAGACUAUUUAAUUUGGAUGUGUAGCCUAGGCUAGGCAGGCGUAUGCAAUGUGUUCUCAUUGUAGGCUACAUGUGUUUAAAAAGCCUUGGUGCCUCGUGAUAAAAUGUUGAAUGUCAAUAUGCUAUCAGUUCGCUCAUCAACUUCUACAGCAGCAUAAAAGCUGUGUUAUUAUCACAGACUGUAUAAAACUAGGUUAGGCCCUAUUCAUAAACAUGUGGCUGUAGUCACGACGAACCCCAGCCUAUCGGAAUUUCGGCACCAGUCGUUAACUCUGUGAAGGCAGCAUCUCAGUCAUUGCUUCCGUUGGCUGACAAACUCGCCACUCAUCGGCCUCAGCCCGCCCAGAAGCAUUCAGAGCGGCAUGGCAACGGCGACGAGACCGGGGGAGAAGGUGUGGUGAGGGGGUGACAGGUCUAACCGGACCAGAGAGAGUGCAGCAGCAGUUGCACUAUUUCCACUCCUCGCUGACUCAAGAAACGCACCGUGUGGGACCUCGGCCAGUCAGCACUCACACACACUGAUAAAACGAUGCACCACCGCCGCCGCUCCGCACAGUCGCUGCCGCUGACCAGGUGUUGGACUAAACAACAGGGACGUCAUUAACGUGACAUAAGAUAGGCUACAACUUGUAUGUAUGUGCUGUGCGCCCUUCUCCCUGGUCCCGUACACAGACGACCGUGAAGAUGCUGAGUCGACUGAUGAGCAGCAGCAUCAGGAGUCUGGACAGGGAAUGCAAUUGCACUGUGAGGCUGCUGGACGACUCGGAGUACACCUGCACGAUUCAGCGGGAUGCCAAGGGACAAUACCUGUUUGACCUCAUCUGCCACCAUCUCAACCUGCUGGAGAAAGACUACUUUGGCAUUAGAUAUGUUGACCCAGAUAAGCAGAGGUUACAGUUGCAUUGGUUGGAGUUUACAAAGUCAAUUGCCAAACAAAUUAAAUCCCAGCCUCCAUUCACCAUGUGUUUGCGUGUCAAGUUUUACCCGCCAGACCCCGCAGCCCUAAAAGAGGAAAUCACCAGAUAUCUCGUCUUCCUACAGGUUAAGAGGGAUCUCUACCAUGGUCGCCUCCUGUGCAAGACAUCAGAUGCUGCUCUGUUGGCUGCCUACAUAUUACAAGCUGAAAUUGGUGACCACGAUCCUGGGAAACACCCAGAGGGCUACAGCUCCAAGUUCCAGUUCUUCCCCAAGCACUCAGAGAAGUUGGAGCGGCGGAUUGCUGACAUCCACAAGACUGAGCUAAUAGGUCAGAGUCCUGAAACGUCAGAGCUCAACUUCCUCCACAAGGCUCAGAUGCUGGAGACGUAUGGAGUGGACCCUCAUCCAUGCAAGGAUGUGUCUGGCAACCCAGCUUUUCUGGCCUUUACUCCUUUUGGAUUCACUGUGCUGCAAGGAAACAGGAGGGUCCAUUUACUGAAAUGGGAGGAGGUGACCAAACUCAAGUUUGAAGCAAAGACAUUCCAUAUAUAUGCAAAUCAGAUGGAGGAUAGGAAGAUCAUACUGACAUACUUUGCACCUACACCUGAGGCCUGUAAGCAUCUGUGGAAGUGCGGAGUGGAGAAUCAAGCCUUCUACAAGUUGGAAAAGUCGAGUCAAGUCCGCACUGUGUCCAGUAGUAAUCUCUUCUUCAAGGGUAGUCGCUUUAGAUACAGUGGAAAGGUUGCAAAAGAGGUGAUGGAACAAAGCGCCAAAAUUAAGAGAGACCCCCCUGAGAUACACAGAGCUGGCAUGGUGCCAAGUAGGAGCUGUCCAUCCAUCACCCACGGCCCUCGUUUGACCAGUGUGCCCAGGACCCGACGGAGAGCUGUGCACAUCUCCAUCAUGGAGGGUCUUGAGUCCCUUCGAGACAGCGCCCACUCCACACCUGUGCGAUCCGUCUCCCAUGGCGAUUCCUUCAUGUCUUCUCGGGGCCACAUGAUGGACGGCAGCGAGGCAAGCACGUCAGCAGUCAUCUCAGACGAGGCCUACAGCCCCUCCGACAGCGUGCUGCCCACACCUGUGGCCGAACACGGGAUGGAGAUGCCUUUGGCUCGUCACCUUAACGGUGCCCCCUGCAGCAACGAUGAGAAGGAGUCCGAGGCAGGCACGUCGAAGGAUGGCCACGCAGCAGAGUUUUCUUCCGGCAGGAGAGCACUGCGUAUUGUCAGGGGCAGGUCAUCACCACCGAGUGACGUGGAGGAGCUGAACAAGUUCAUCCUGAGCGUGUUGCGUCUGUUCCUGGUUACCAUUGGACUGCUGUUCGCCCUGCUGCUGCUCCUCAUCAUGCUGACAGAGUCAGACCUGGACAUUGCCUUCCUGAGAGACAUCCGCAAGACACCUGAAUUCCAGCAGUUCCACUUUGAAUACUUCUGCCCUCUGCGGCGCUGGUUUGCUUGUAAGUUGCGGUGGAUGGGAGGUUUCCUCAUCAGCAACUGAAGUAGAGAUUGAAUGACACAACACAGGCUUCUACUGAUGAAUAUGGGACACAUACUGUACAACAGAGAGGGUCUUAGGAGGAGAGAUGGCAGCCCUAUUCCUAAUAUCAACUCAGCUUUUCCCAAGAACGAGUUCCUGUCACAAGCCACGGACUGUCCCCUGAAGAGCCUUGUUUAUUAUGUUUGACCAUCACUGCGAGCAAAGGAAAUCACAUUUUACUUUGGAAAUUCAGGUCAUUUCAAGACAUUUUAUUUUUACACAAAGCCACAGCAUCAGGGUUAAAUUCAAACACUGAAAGGGACAAGCAAGUCUGACAGACUUCACUUAGUUUACCACAGAUGAUAGUUGCCUUUAUUUUUGUAUUAAUUGAUAUGUUGCAACAUUAUUGUAAGACAGAAUGACCCAAUAUGUUGGGGUGUGUGUUGUGAAACCUGAGAGUUUGAGUUGAAGUUUUGAAAGAAGAUGAGAGCCAGUGUAGCUCAUCUAAUUUUCAUAUUUCAAAGCCAACAUCAACAUUAAUGAUAAAAUGUUAUUAUGGUCACGGUGAUGAGAUUUAAAAUGGCUGUUUUGAGUUUGAGUUGUACUAGUAUCUGUAUCUGGGGGUUGGAGGAAGUGCUAAAUGGAAAACUAAGCAGCACUUACUGAAUGUAGAUCAGUCCUCCUGAGUCAAAUAAUAUUUGCAAAUAUAAUUGUUUUCUAAAAUGUUUAGCCAUAUAUGGAAUUUGCCAUGUAGAGCGAUAUGUGAGUGACAGAAAGAUAGUUGGGUCUAGAACCUCAAUUAUAAGAAUAGAAACAUUGAGCACACUUUUAGAUGAUUGACAACUUCUUGACUUCCCUGAAUUGUCGUGAUGUGGUAUACAACCUAACAUAUGGGCUAUUUAAUUUAACCAAAUGCUGAGAAUCAGUUGCAGCAGCUAUUUGACCCAGGAGUGAUGUGGGUGGUGCUCUGUCAGACGGCUUGAAUUAUCAUUUUAUCACAAGUGUGACUUAGUUUGUGGUCAGGCGUCCAGUGUGCUUACGUUCCCAUUUUUGUCCAGCCAUUAGAACACCAAUAAAGUGUUAUUGUCCAAUUACUAUAAAUUACAGAUAAUUGUAAGGAUAUAAGUAAGUAAUGAAGGUGGUAGGUUUACUGAUUUUAUAAAAUAGCAGCCAAAUAAUUCAUAUAUCUACAAUCAACUUCUGUGUGUAAGGAACAGUUGUCACUUUGCAGUAGUUACUUUUACGGUAGUUGAAAAGGUGAUGGUACUAUGUGAGCUAGCGCUGUAGUGAUAGUAAAGUGGUUAGUUCUUUGAGUUCCACACUCUGUAGAACGAGUUUCUCGAUGUGCAAUACUGUUAAUAUAAAAAACAAGAUCCUAUCCAUUACCUUUGUAAAGUACAAUUUGUGCGAUUUUCCCCACAAUAUACAGUUAAGAGAGCUUGUUUUUGAUUCAUGUUAAAAGGUCAUGUUUGUUUAGCCCUGCUGUGUUCAAAUGUAUGCAUUUAUCUGUAAAGACUGAAUAUUUAAAUCAUGUUUCCAUUUUUGUACAAACUGAUUUUUCAUUAACACAGAUUUCCUCACCGCAACUUUUAA